AUGAAUUCCAAAAUCCUAAUUUUCUUGUGCGUCUGUUUCGUGAUCAUGUCAACUGUAUCAGCAUGGGACCUCUUCAAAGAAAUUGAAGGAGUUGGCCAAAGAGUUCGUGAUGCUGUUAUCAGUGCAGGACCAGCAGUGGACGUGUUAGCGAAAGCCAAAAACCUUGCUAGAGGAUCUAGUGAGGAAGACUAG